CGUUGAUAACAUUUCAAAACAUUGCAAAAAUCAACAAUAAUAAUUUUAAAAUUUACUUAAUGGCCCAUACCCUUAGGUACUCACUUGAAUAAAAACCAAUGUCGUUCCCAUGACCACCGUACACUUCUACGACGACAGUGGCGUAUAAAGUGUAGUAGAAUAAUGCAUUGUUUUGUAAGUAUCCGCAAGUAACUAAUAGAAAUCUUAAUAGGUAUGUCGUUUAGCGUUGACACUCCGUUGUCGGUAAUUGCCGACAAAUCUUGGAGUGAAGUAUGCAUGUACGCCAGGGAAGCGGCCGUGUUCCUGGACGAUUACGCCGCAGAAUCACUACACUGGCACGGAGGGUGCAUACUUCUGUAUCGGGCGGGCGCAAAGAGCAUCAAAGAAUUGUCUUCAUUCGAGGUGAUUCUUUUAAAAAUAGAUAAUCCUUAAAUAUAUAUUGCGUAAUAUUGUAUUAUAUACUUCGACGACUACAGAGUGGCAAUCCGAAAGACCGUAGGUGUUUAAUAAUCGUUGGGAAACCCGUUGACGAGCUGGUCGUAGCAAUUGUUCAAGAUGUUUUAAACAACAGCAAUUUCAAAUACUGCAGUUUUGUUGCUGGAUGUGGAUUAGGUGAAUUGUAUAAUACCGGAACGUUAGAAAGUGAACUUUGCAAAAUUAUUUCAACCAAGUAUGAGGUAAUCCAUUAUAUAUAUAUAUCUGAACAUCGUUUAAUCGUGUUCGAUUUUUUAGUAAAAUAUGAAUUUGCUUUUUUUUUAUAUCUGAAUGAUCAAUAAUCAUUUAAAAAAAAUAUAUAUUUAUCUGCAAGCGUUGAGAAAUAAUUAAAAAAGAAUACACGAAGAAUCGUAUUUUAUUACAUAAUUUUACAAUUUAAGUGGAGUAAAUAAUAUGAUAAACCAUAAUGUAAUAUAAAUGUGUUUUAGGACGGAACAACAGAUGUAAUAAACAUACCAAUUGCAUUGACUUGCCUAUCUCCUUCACUAUUUUUAAUGCCCCAUCUCCAGAAUAUUCCUUUAUUGAUAGAAGUAUGUUAUAUCCUAUAAUAUUUGUUGUACUUUAUUACACUCCCAGUUAUUAACUACACUUUAAACCUAGAUCUUUUGUUAUAGAAUAAUUAUGAAUUAUACGUAUCAACAAUUGCAACAACUUUAAAUAACAUAUUUGACCAUUUAAAUGUGAAAAAUGAACUUUAUUCCGUUGGACCUUUAAGUGAAGCGGUUUCUAAUUAUUUUUCUAAAAUUCAAAAAGUAUUAUUAUUUAAAAUUUGAUAUAUAUAUAUUUUUCGAGAAUUACAUAAUUUUGUUUUUUAGCCUAAAAGUACGGAAGCCAGCCGUAUCAAUGUAAUACUUAUUGAUAGAAUAGUCGAUAUGUAUGCAGUUACUGAUUUUGCAUCUAGUUGUCCAUUGGAUAAAAUGAAUAUAUUAUUGAAUAGAUUUCCAAAAACAUGUUCAGAUAUAGCGGUCAUUAAUGAACCCUUAUUACAAGACUCAAAGUAUGUUGUAUCGGUUAUAAUAUAUUGUGUGGUUUAUUUAAUUAACUUAAGUUGUUUAUGAUAAAACCAUUAAAUAAAUGCACUACUGUUAACGAAUAUUACCUUUAACAAUAUAUAAAUACAAAAUAUUUGUAAACACAUAUAUUGGGUGGCCAGAUUAAAAAUAAGGGUAAGAGAUAUUUAUUGAAUAUAAUGAAAUCUAUAGAAUACUAAAUAUUUAUAUUAGUAUUUUUAAUAACUACCAGGCGUAAUAUUAUGGGGCUGUUGUAAAACCAUCAUUGGUUACAGUAAAUUCAUUAAAAACAAAAAUAUAUUAAAUUAUUAGGCCAGCAAGUUAUUUUUCCUGGUAUCCCAAUAGCCACUUCUGAAGACCACUUGAAUUCCAUGCCAAAAAGUUGCAAGUAUAAAAAUGUCAACAAUACAAAAAUAUAUGUAAAAAUCCAACCACCAAUUUUUUAUUUUUUGUUAACUUAUUCAGUGUAAUUUAUUUACAAGUUCUAUGUAAUUUAAAAAAAAUAAUAAUAAUUUCUUAAAUUUUGUAGUUUUCAUUUAUACAGUUUAUGUACCUAAACUAAUUAUAUUAGUUAAAGAAUAACCCUUUCAUUGUCAUUGGUUCAUAGUUCAUUUACAUGUUCAUUUAAAAAAAAUUAAAAAAGUAAAUUUUUUUGUGUGGACAUUUUUGCGCACGGAAUGUUUUUUAGCGUAUCAUUUUGACAGCAUACCCGCCCGCGCUGCACUAAUUGACUUUCCUACACAUAUUAUGUAAUAAUUUACAACCCAAAAGUAUAUAUUUUUUAACAUAAAUAUUAUUAUUUUUUAGAUAUAAGUCAGUCAGUGAACAGGUACAAGUACCAAUGUGUUUGGCUCCAACAUUAAAACCAACACCGGUGGUUGAAUGGUUGUUAACAAAAAAUGAAAAAAAUUUGUUGACAAAUAUUCGAAUUACAUUAACUGAAAAAUUAUCUGGCCCAAUCAGAAAAACUGUAUCUAAGAUUACACCACAACUGUUAGAAACUAUUUUAUCGAACAAACAGUUCGACAGUAAAGAAACUAUGGACUUAAAACAAGUAAAUAUAAUUUAAUUACCAUAGAAUAUGUUAUAUUUUUAAUACACUUUGAUGACUUACAAUCAUAUAAAUUAUUUAGUUUAUUUAUAUUAUGAAUAAUUUCACAAAUGUGAAUCAUUUUAUUUUAAAAAUAGCCCUAAUUAGUACGCACAAUUAUAAUUUGAAUGCUUGAUUUUUUUUUGUGGUUUAUUUGAUUUUUCAAAUUUUCAGGGCAACAUUAAUUUUAAUACUAUAAUAAAUGACUUCAUUAAAAUAAUCUUAGUAUAUAUUUUACAUAUUUUAAUUAUGUAUCUAUAAAGUUCUGUAUGAAAUUUCAAAGAUGCUUAAUGUUUAUAAAAAAAAAAAACUUGUUAUUACAAACCAAAUAAUUUCCUCUGCAAGUUAAAAAUCUAAAUAGUUUUCUCAGUUAAAACAUAAUUAUUUAAUGUUAAACACUUUAAAAACUAUACAUGUUUUUUUGAUUUUAAAUUAUUUUUAUCAUUGUUAUAACUAAUACAUGUAGGAGUAUUUAUUUCAUAGUAAUAUUCUUUAUUUAAUAGAGUAAUUGUAUUUUAGCAAGUGUUAUGUAUUUGUGCUGCGCUGAAAUCUCCAAACCUCUCAAAAAUUGAACUUGCUCAAAAUAUUGGUAAACUAUUAUUGCAAAAUAUUUCAACGGAAGGUGACUCUGAUAUUUUGAUACAAGUAAAUAGUUUAUAUUUAAAAUAAUUUGUGUUAAGUUGUUUAUAGUGUAAUUUUUAUGUUGUAUUAUAUGCAUUUACAUUUUUCUAGGUUAGUCAAUUAUUUAAAACAAGAAAAGACAGAAAUUUGUCAAUAGAAAUUUUAUUGUGUAUUUUAGUUCAAUUGUAUUCAGUUGUUGAUGGCGAUUUCAAAAUAUUUGAUGAACAUCAAAUCGAUUUAGAAGCUAUAAUUGGUGAAGCCUUUUUUGAUGACUUAGAAUAUUUACCAGAAUAUAUAAUUAAAGACCUAAUAGGUAAGUAACCUAGUAAAAAUAGUUUGUAAAUAAAUUAUUUAAUUUUUGUAAAAUGAUUUCCUAUUAAAAAUAUUUAGAAAACAAUUCUAGUAAACCGUUAACCAGCACUGUAGCAGCUUGCCAACAAGCUGCUGAAAAAUUAUUUUAUAUUUUAAAUCAGAUAAAAUCAUCAAGACAACAUUUUGUCAAAUACAGGUACAUUUUUGUUCUUAGAUAUAUAUAUUAAAAAAUAUUAAAGAGAUCUUACAUUUUUGAGAUAUUUACUUUAAUAUGAACAGUGUAAGAACAGUGUCAGAUAAGAUCCAGAAAAUUCACCUUUUUUUUCUAAAUAAAACGUUUGGAUUAAAUUAAAUGUUAAACUUUGAAAUGUAGUACCGCGACACAUUAAUGCCAUAUUAUAUUAUUAACCACAACAGUAUAGCCGUGUGGUAAUCAAACACUAGUCUAGUUAUCAAUUGACUUACUUGUUUUUUUCCUGUAGGUCUAAACUUCUGGUGCUCAUUAUUUUUGACUAAUCUGGUUUUUACGCUAGUUUGAUCGUACAAAAGAUACAGUACAUCAAUGCAAAUAUUUGAUACUAAUAUCGCCAUUUUAAAAAAAAAAGUGAUUGGUUUUUUCCUCGGGCCCAGUAUAUGAAAUUAUCCCACUAACAAUACAGAAAUUUCUAAGUUUCUCUGUAUUUCUGUCAAAAGCAAAACUGCUGGUAUCUUACCAAAUUGUACAUAUUGGAUAAAUUUACAUUAGAUAACAAUACAUUGAUUGAAUUUAAUGUAUUAAUUUUUGUAUGGGUUAAGUGAAUUACAUCCUACAUUUUAUUUUUGUUAUUUCAAAGUAACCAUUUUACCUUUUUACUAUUCUUUAAAUAUUUUAACUAUACCAAUUAAAAACAAUGUUUUAACCUGUCAUCCUUCACACGGGGUAUAUUUUUCCCCGGAUUUGUUUUCUUGUAUUUAUUUUACAAGUAAAUAAAUUAAUACAAGCUUAAAUGUAAAUAAUUUUUUUCCAACUUUUGGUUGAUACAAAUGUUAGUACAUUCAAUUAUUUGCUUCAUCAUACCUAAUCGAAAAAUAAAAUCUGUUUUCAAAAUAAUUGUUUACACUUCUGGUGAUUACUCUAACUCUGUUUUUUUUAGUUAAAUGGUUUACAGAUGCAACUCAGAUCCUUUGAUUCAUGUUGUGUUUACGUGACUAUUUAGUUCCAUCCUUUCCACAUAAUAUUUUUUUGGCAAGUUCAAAGGCAUCAUCUAAUUCAUGAUAAGACAAAUCUGAAUCAAAGUAUUCAAUAAGACUACCUAAAUAAUUUUCAUCUAAAUCUGAUUGCUUACUAUCUGUAUUAUGAUCACUCAUAUUUUCAGUAAGUGGUUCUUCAGCAUUUUCUUCGUCUGGCACACCAUUCCAAAUUUCUUCAUUGCUAACCAUAUCGAAAAAGUUUUCUAUAUACCGUUUUUCAAAUUCGUCUAUUUUAAAUUAAAAAAAAAAUUACACAAAUUACAACAAUUUACUCACACAGAGUUAAUUAUUUCCAAACACUAAUGCCCAUCAUUUUAUAAUAUUCUAUCAAGUGAAUAGAACACUGAAAUAACACAAGAUCGAUAACAUUUUAUUUAUAAACAUAUCAUUAAAAUCUAUAGAAAUAUAAAAAUAUUUUUUAAUGGUAACACUUAUAAAAUUAUGAAUAAAAAUAAACUGAGAUCAUUAUUUACCUUGUGCCAGUGACAACGGAUUAAUUGCACAUUGAGUUAGUUUUUUUACUAUCUGUUGCCUUUUAAAUAAUUAUAGUAAAAUAAGUAAAUUAAAAAAAAUUGUUUUAAUUAAUCAGUUUUUCAUUAUACACUUAUAGUAUACAAAAUAUUUUUGUUUUUUUAUAUUAAUAAUACAUAUAGUAACGUAAAAUUGAUAAUACAAAGUUUAUAUUCAACAGAAUAAUUUUAAUAUUCUAUAUUAUAAAUAUAAAUAUUUACAGUUACAAAGUCAAAAUGUUUCAUUAUUAAAUUAGUAUUUUAUUUAUAUUUAUAUACAAUAUAAGAUUAUUGGAAGCAAAUAUACAAUAAAAAAACAAUCUAAUAUAUUUAAUUAUAAUGAAUAACUAACAUUGUGCCAAAAGAAAAUGAAUUUAAAACUACAUGGAAUUAUUUAGAGCUUCUUGUAAUCUAUCUUUGUAUUUUUCACUGAAUGGAUUGUUCUCUUGGUUUCGACAUUUAUCCAAUUUUUUACUUAUACGUGAUAAUUCUUUUGUGUGAUCAUCAGCUACUCUAACAUGUAAUAUUCUUAUUCUUCUUACAACUUCAAUUAAAUCUUUUAAAUGCUCAGAUCCAGUUUCGCCUAAAAGUAAAUCUGUAACGUAAGAAUCCAGGUUUUCUUUUAUUUGACUAGCAGAAUGCAAUACUGCAGCUAACGCUAACUGAGAUGGUGCAAAUAAUAAACAAGCAUCUGUAAACAAUAACUUGUCAAUAAAACUAUCAAUAUGCGGACGCAUUCGAUCCGGAUCAGACAUUCGUGUUCUUGUUUUAAUGUCUAAUAGAAAACCUUCAACUGCUUUGAAUGGAUGGUGUACUUUAAGAUUGUAUUUUAUUUGUUCCAUGAGAAAUAACUCAUUGUUAAGAAUUACUGUGGUAGCUCUUGAUUGAUUGCCCUUGAUGUUGGCAACAAAUUGGGCGAGUGACACAUUGAAUUCGUCAACUUUGCACGCCAAAAACAGACAUGUGACCAUUAUUUCUUUUGGAUGAUAAUCCAUAACGGAGUUGUACAAAUAAAAUCGUUUUAAAUAAUUUAAUGCAGUUGCAAACACAUACUUUGGCAUAGGUGGCUGGAACUUAUGACAGAAAUCUCUUAACAUGUAUUCGUGACAUUUCUGAAUUAUGUGUUCUUCAGUGGCAUCUAAAAAAUACAUAUUCCGAUCGCCAGGACUUAAAUGUGCUCCAAAUCUGUUGACAUACUUUUGAUUAGCAUCUUCUCGUAAUGCAUUCAAAUCCAGUUCGUCUUUGAACACCCAAUUUGUUUUUUGAGUACUCGUUGGAAACAUUUUUAUAUUAUCACAGUAAAGUAUUCAAAAUAUUUCUCGUAUUACUUAAACUUUAAAACAACUAGAGCUAAAUACUUUUUAUUUACAAAUAAACUUAACUACCUAGAUAAUGUUAAUAACUUAAUUCAAAUGUUUAUUCGGUUAUUAACUUAAAUAUUCCAUACCUACCUUCAAGCUGGCAUGGUUCGUUGUGCAUAUGCACAUUCAAUUUACUGAUAAUUGAUAAACAGUUAAGUUUGAUAAGGAAAUUAUAACAAGUUUGAACAACCACUAACCACGUCAUGUUUACUCUUUGAAAAAUAUUAUAUAUAUACCGCGGUAAAAAAAUUACCAAAUAACCUUGAUAAUCUGAUAACCUGAUAUUAAAAUUAAAUCAUUUUCAAAAUAUAAAACAACUACUCAAACUAACUACUUAACUAUUACGUAAAAACUAAAAGUAUAAUGUUACGUUAAACAAACAUAUUAUAUCUUUAAACGUGAUUAUAUAUUUCGAUAGUUCAAAAUGGUCAUACCAAAAACGAAACUUAUAAGUAUAACCACUAGGAAAAUGUUAGUUUUACCUACAAUUAUGUGUGCCUUUUUUCCAAUUAUUAUAUCUGGUGGGUCUUUUUCCAUAAAAUUUAUUUGCGUUUUCGAUUAGGUUGUAGGGCGAGGAAUGUAUUGGUUUUACAAUGAUUUUUUUUCCUGUGAAUAACUUUUCUACCAGAAGUUUUGUUCCUAUUUUCAAGUAUAGCCGUUUUUCUGAAAGAAAUUAGACCGAGGUAGUACUUUAAGGAGAUCGUGUUUUAAUUUUCAUGAUAAAAUUUCCCUCUACCUUACCAACUUCUUACCUACAACAUCGCGUAAAGGACGUCCGUGUGUCUUUUUAAUUUUAAAUGUUCGUUAUUACGAAAGAAGUCAACGUUCCGAUAACAUUGACCCCAAAAAUAUAUACAAUUUUUAGAUAAAGCUCGGUGAUUCGUCUAGAUUAGUCUUCAAAGAAAAAUCAAAAGUAGCUUAAAAGUUUUGACGAUGAUACCGUAAGAAAGUAAAUCAAAAAGGCUACAAAACAUAUAUUGUGUGAUUUUUCGAUUAAAUCAUUUUUUCUGGUAGAAAACGUCAUUCGUGUUUUAAUAAAAUAAUGAAAUCGUGAAACUGUACGUUUUCCUACGUUUCUUCCCACUUAAGUGCUUUUAUUUUAAAAAUGGCAUCAAAAAUUAAAAAUGAGUAACUUAGAUAAUAUCUAGACAACUUGAGCUUCCAGAAAAAUUGCUACACGUAAAAAUCGGAACAAGUUUACUAGGAAAAAACGUGUCCACAGACUAGAAGAAAAAAAAAAUUGAAAAAUAAACAGCAUCGUAAAACCAAUAGCUCGGUUCAUCAGGCUCCUUCUUCUUGGAUAUUUUAACACUACAUCUAUCGAAAAUUGUUUAGACGUUGAAAUAAAGUGUGAUUUGAACAUUAAACCAUAUUAACAGUUACAGAGUUGCGUGUUUUCCCUAUUAUUAAAUUUUGAUUCACGUCAUCGUCAGUAAAUUGGUCAUUUUUUUAUUUUUCAACAGUGCAAUUGUAUACAUUUAUCGCAUUUAUGUAUGCGUUCAGAAAGUCUGGGUUUCUACAGAAACGUUUGUUUUGUGGAUUUUAAUUUCUAUCCAAUUGUUUAGUUUUUUUGGAGGGAGGGGGAGGGAAGGUCUGUGCAAACAGAUCUGUCGUUUACACGCUUGUCGUGUACAUGCAUCAUUGUUCCGACUACAGACGCCUAUAACAUAUUUUAUAUAUCUAAUACUUAAACCAUAUUGUGUAAUUAUGGCAAAAUGUUUAAAAUACCGAAGAAAAAAAGUUAACACUUAUAAAUAAAUGUCAAGUUGAAAGGCAUGUAGACAUUCUCAGAUGUUAGUUUGAAUAAAUUGUACAAGUUUAAAAUAAAAUUCUUCUAACAAAAAGACGGAUAUACUUCGCACGCAUGAGUGGGCCAUUGUUGUAGGUGAACAGUUGGGAAGGUAGGAUAUAGAAGGGAAUUUAAUGUAUACAUUAUACUUUUACGCAGCGAUUAAUCAUUGCUAACGAAAAACGAUUCUGAGUGGAGUUCGGUUAUAUAUUUUUUGAAAAGCCAUUUACGAUUUUCGUCAAAAUUUGAUUGAAAUUCUUAUAAGAAAAAAUUCUACAUUACGCUCAAUUUUUAUCACUAAGUACUAUUUAUAAUGAUUAUCCAGUAAAAUUUUCAAGCAUUUCGGUUUGGUUUGACAAUUUUAUCCACAUAGUACCUACCAAAUAAAAUUUACGAAAAAAACUCGCAAAAUUAAAAUGUUUAUAAAUAGUUCAAAAAUGGUUAACACAUGUUAACCACUUCUAGAAAAAGCAAAUACAAAUUUUCUUUUCAAAUUUCAAAUUUCUACAAAUAUUUAUAACUGAGUUACAACAAAAAACAAAAUUGAAAAUAAGAAAAGCAUUAUUUUGGUAAAUUUGUGAGUUCUUUCAUCGGUUUUGUUCAUUUAUUAAAAAAAACUACACAGAAAAUCAAAAAUCAACUUACUUAUUCACCAUCGAUAUUAAAAGUUUAACAACAGUGAACACUUGUCGUUUUUUUUUCUAUUGGAGCAAUAUUUCUGGUAGAAAACAUUAACUGUAAACAAUUUAAAUAAAAGAAUCGUGAUGCAGUCAAUUUAUCAUUUUCAUUUUUGGUUUUUUAUUUUGGUAAUUCCCAAUUACUAUACCAAUACAUUCCUCGCUUUGCUCAGAAUCUAAAUUAUCCAUAAAAAUUGUUUAAAUUGUAUUAACAAUAUAAACAAGUAAAAUCUUUCCUGUCAUUUUAAACAUGGCUAAAUAAGAACUACAGAAUUAGAUAUCUGACCAAUGAAGAAUGUUUCUAUCUUUUUCAGAAUAUGUGAAAAUUAGAGGGAAUUUGUGGGUAGGGCUAAAAUUAAAAUUAAAUGUUUUAAAAUUAUGUACUUUUUAUUUCUAUAAAUAGAAAAUUGUUUGUAAAAGAAAACCCUUACGCACCAGCAGUGUACAAUUCUUUUGUCAAACAAUUGAUGGAAGACGUGUGCAGUCCAAUGCGACCAAAUCUACCAGUUUUAAAAACCAAAUCUGAUGGAAUUACAGAUUUUAUAAAAUUAGGUUUCAAGUGAGUAAUGUUCAAUGUCAUAACAUUUCAUAGUAUUUAAUAUAAUCAUUACAAGAUAAAAGUUAUCAUAAUUAUUAUUAUUAUUAUUUUUUUUUUUUUUCAGUAAGAUUAUUAACACAGUUAACAAACAUCCAUUAGAUUGCGAUCAUCUAAUUGUUUUUGUUAUCGGUGGCAUAAGUGGACAUGAAGUACAUUCAAUAUGUGAAGCAACCAAAAACUGUGGUAUCCGAGUGAGUGUAGGCUCUACUAGAAUUUUAUCUCCCUAUGAGUCAUUGCAAUCAGUAUUUAAACAAGUGUAAAUUAUAAAAAAUCACUAUAUUUAUUUAAUAACUUAACAAUAAGAGGUACAUAAUAAAUAAUUAUAAUUGGUAAAUUAUUCAUGGAAUGAUUAAAUGAGCAAUAAUUUUAUUUAUAAAUCCCAUUCGUUAAAUAAUAAAUAGUGUCAAUGUUAAUGAGUACCAAUAAUGGUCAGGUAGGUAGAUAAAAUAUAAUCAUUUUCUUUAAUCAGAAGUCGAAUUACUGAACGAAUGUAAUUUCUCAAUGGAUAGAGACAGCUGUUCCAGGCUAGCCAUUAGGGAAUGCAUGUUUUCUGUACCUUUGGCAAUUCCUUGUUCACUGAGCGGUGUUGAUCCAUCUUGUCUCACGCCGAGUUCAAAAUGUAACCAUGCUAAAUGUUCCUGUUGUUCACGGAUAGCAGUCAUUUGUUCCAUACUGCAGUCUUUACCUAAAUUAUGCACAUAAAUGUACACAUAAAUUGUUAUUAUUAUUUUUGAAAAUUAUACAGUUGAUUCUUGAAUAUUUGUAAUUAUGUAUUGUAUUUAAAUAAUUGUAUAAAUAAUAAUGGGAUAUGAGAUUAAGGAAACUUGUUAAAUUAUUUUUAAAAACUUGAUAAAUAAUAUAGUUUGCCUAAUUAUUUGUAAAACUAUUCAAAAUUAAAUAUAUAUUUUACGUACUUAAAAUUGUGAACAAAUAAAAUUAUGUAGUAUUUGUUUUCCAUUCAGAACAAUUAAAACAAAUUAACUGUAAUUUAUUAACUUCAAUAUUUAAAUAAUAUGAAAUUAUUUUUGAAUUAUUCAAUAUUAUUUAAUAUUAAUAAUUACCAAAUGCACGCAAUUUUCCAGAGUGGAAAUCUUCGAGUAGUUGCUGAAGGGCUUGUUCCAUUUGUCUGACGUCGGUCACAUCUGACAAAAAACAAUGAUGUAGGCAACUUCUGUCCAUAGUUUGUUCAGAGAAUACUAUGUGUUUUAUAUAGGACAGG